GGGACGGGCCAGAUCGCGAGAAGCCGCGGCAAUAGAGGGACAUUAUGAGAGAGUGUAUUUCCGUCCACGUUGGCCAGGCCGGUGUACAGAUUGGGAAUGCCUGCUGGGAGCUGUAUUGCCUGGAGCAUGGCAUCCAGCCGGAUGGACAGAUGCCCAGUGACAAGACCAUCGGAGGUGGGGACGACUCCUUCAACACCUUCUUCAGCGAGACCGGGGCGGGAAAGCACGUUCCCCGAGCAGUGUUCCUAGACCUGGAGCCCACCGUGAUCGAUGAGAUCCGCACCGGCACCUACCGACAGCUCUUCCACCCUGAGCAACUGAUCACCGGCAAGGAGGACGCGGCUAAUAACUACGCCCGGGGCCACUGCUCCGUGGGCAAGGAGAUCGUGGAUCUGGUCUUGGAUCGGGUCCGGAAGGUGGCUGAUCUGUGCACGGGACUCCAGGGCUUCCUCAUCUUCCACAGUUUCGGGGGUGGCACCGGCUCCGGUUUCACCUCCCUCCUGAUGGAGAGGCUCUCCGUCGACUACGGCAAGAAAUCCAAGCUGGAGUUUUCCGUCUACCCAGCUCCCCAGAUCUCCACGGCGGUGGUCGAACCGUACAACUCGGUGCUGGUCACCCACUGCACCCUGGAGCACUCCGACUGCGCCUUCAUGGUGGACAACGAGGCCAUUUACGACGUGUGCCGGCGGAACCUGGACAUCGAGAGGCCGACCUACACCAACCUCAACCGCCUCAUCGCCCAGGUGGUGUCCUCCAUCACCGCGUCGCUCCGGUUCGACGGCGCCCUCAACGUGGACCUGACGGAGUUCCAGACCAACCUGGUCCCCUAUCCCCGCAUCCACUUCCCCCUGGCCACCUUCGCCCCCCUCAUCUCUGCUGAGAAGGCUUACCACGAGCAACUCUCGGUGGCGGAGAUCACCAACUCCUGCUUCGAGCCGGCCAACCAGAUGGUGAAGUGCGACCCGCGCCAGGGCAAGUACAUGGCGUGCUGCAUGCUGUACCGAGGGGACGUGGUGCCCAAGGACGUCAACGCCGCCAUCGCCACCAUCAAGAGCAAACGCUCGAUUCAGUUUGUGGAUUGGUGCCCGACCGGGUUCAAGGUCGGCAUCAACUACCAGCCCCCCACGGUGGUGCCAGGGGGCGACCUGGCCAAGGUGCAGAGGGCCCUCUGCAUGCUGAGCAACACCACCGCCAUUGCCUUCGCCUGGACGCGACUCAACAUCAAGUUCGACAAGAUGUACGCCAAGCGGGCCUUCGUGCACUGGUACGUGGGGGAGGGCCUGGAGGAAGGGGAGUUCCAGGACGCCCGGGAGGAUCUCGCCUCGCUCGAGAAGGAUUACGAAGAGGUGGGGGUCGAUUCUUCCUAUCUGGACAGGAAGGCCGAGGAGGAGGAAGAAUAAGAGUUAUUAAUUUAGCAUAUUUAAAUGGUUUAACUAAGUGUCCAAGAGUCACAAACUGACUUCUUCAUAUAAU